GUGCGGCCCACACGAGCUAGCUGAAGGAAGAAGACAUUUUUACAGACUGGUUAGCUAGCUGUCUGGGCUAAAUCGAUGUAGCUAUCGGUUAUUGAUGGUUGUAUUUGAUUUGCAUGCUGUAGCUGUUUUUUCGAAGUCCGUCCGUCACGAGCGGCUUUGUUGUUGCAUGCUUUACGUUGCGUGUUGCUGAUGUUGUUAGCCAGAAAACAGUUAGCUAGGUAGCUAGCUUCUGCGUUCAUCAUUUCGCUGGCCCACAUUUUUUCUUUCAAGAUGCCGCUGGGUUUGAAACCAUGUUGCGCUGUCUGCAAAACAAACUCAUCGUCUAUGUGGAAAAAGGGAAACCAAGGAGAGAUCCUGUGCAAUAACUGCACGGGGAGGAGCACCAGCAGUGGAGCAUCUGGACCCUCUGCGUCCUCCAACACACAGCAGAAUAAUGGCGGGGGAAAGCAGUCUAAACAAGAAAUCCACAGGAGAUCAGCACGGUUGAGGAGCACCAAGUACAAAACCCCUGCUGCUGAAAAAAAGGUCUCUACCAAAGGAAAAGGAAGAAGACACAUCUUCAAACUAAAAAAUCCAAUCAAAGCACCAGAAUCUGUUUCCACAAUCAUCACAUCAGAAUCAGUCUUUUAUAAGGGUGUGUAUUAUCAGAUAGGAGAUGUCAUCAAAGUGACAGACGAGGAUGAUGGGAGGCCGUACUAUGCACAGAUCAGAGGUUUUAUCCAGGACCAGUACUGUGAGAAGAGUGCAGCCUUGACUUGGUUGAUUCCAACCCAGGCCAGUCCUAAGGACCUGUUUGAUCCUGCCACUUACAUUGUUGGUCCAGAGGAGGAUCUUCCCAGGAAGAUGGAGUACCUGGAGUUUGUGUGCCACGCCCCCUCGGAGUACUUCAAGUCCAGGAGCUGUCCUUUCCCCACCAUUCCUAUCCGUCCAGAGAAAGGCUACAUCUGGACCCAUAUUGGACCCACGUCAGCCAUCGCUAUCAAAUAAUCUUUUGGCAACAGCAAUUAACUGCUGGGCCAUUUACCAUGAAGAUAUUAACUUUGUCUGUUAGUUUGCUAACGGACGCAUGUACAUUUGUGUAAUAUAAUGGAGACAAGUUGUAGACUGUAUAAGACACAUUAUUAUUCUUUGAAUAUGGAAACUGUGUUUGUAAUUGGACGUUUACAAACCCAUCUAAAUGUCACAUCUUGAACAGUACAAUAACGACCCAUGAAAUGAUCAUCCUGAGAUGACACAGUCAGACAUGGGAUUGACUUUUGUAUUCGGUAAUAAACGUGGAAAAUACGUUUUCAAAA